AAUAAAACGACUUAUUAUAAUCAUGAGUUUAUCUGAUUCAGUGUUUUCAUGACUUGGAUGUCGUGAAAUAAAGCAAAUCUGCAAUUCAACUCACAGAACUCACAGCAAUUUAUACAAGCCAGCAUCAGCUGAGGAAUAAAAAAAUAAUUUAAUUUAGCCAAUGGAAAUCAAAAGCGGUGAGCGGCCACAUGUGUUUGCUUUUUCCGGCGAAAAUAUAGACAUGAAGGAGCAUAACGGUUAGCAAACAAAAGUGGAGAUGGAGAUGGAAGACAAUCAAACCCAAAUCCAAAACCCUGAAGAUAUUGAUGCUUCCAACGGAGAUACUAUUGCACAAAACCCUAAAAGUCCUGUCUCUUCCGAUUCCGACGCCGACUCGGAGGACGAGUCCCAGCAGACUGAUGAGCUUAAAACCUUGGAAGCCGAGCUUUCCACAAACCCCUCCAACUACUACCCUCAUGUCCAAUACAUAAAGCUGUUGAGGAAAAUGGGUGAGAUAGAGAAGCUGAGACAAGCGAGGGAAAAUAUGAAUGCCGUAUUUCCAUUGACCCCUGCAAUGUGGCAGGAAUGGGCUAAAGAUGAAGCCUCUCUUUCUAUUGGGGCUGAGGUUUUUUCAGUGGUUGAGAAGCUUUAUGAGCGAGGAGUAUUGGAUUAUCUGUCUAUCCCUCUUUGGUGUGACUACUUGAAUUAUAUACAAGAAUAUAAUCCUUCAGUGCGUGAAUGUUCUUCUGAUGGCAUUUCGAAAGCCAGAAAUAUUUUUGAGCGUGCUCUAACUGCUGCUGGUUUGCAUGUUGCUGAAGGCCAUAAAAUAUGGGAAAGCUACAGGGAAUUUGAGCAGGCUCUUUUAUGUACCAUUGAAGAGGCUGACACCAAGGCAAAGGAAUUGCAGGUCCAGCGUAUUCGAGGCAUUUUCCACCGUCAAUUAUCUGUCCCACUUCUUAACUUGAGGUCAACAUUUCUUGCCUACAAGGCUUGGGAAGUGGAACAAGGGAAUGUUCUAGAUGCUGAAUCAAAUGACAUUGAUGGGAUUCCUUCUCAUGUUGCUUCUGCAUACCAAAAGGCCAUGGAAAUGUGUAAUGCUCGUGUUCAGCAUGAAGAACAAAUUUCUAAAGAGGAUAUAUCUGAAAUUGAAAAACUUCAAAAUUUCAUGAACUACUUAAAAUUUGAAAAGUCAGCAGGUGAUCCAGCCCAGGUUCAGGUUUUGUAUGAACGUGCUAUUACUGAAUUUCCUAUAUCAAAUGAUCUCUGGCUUGAUUAUACUCGCUAUUUGGACAGGACCUUGAAGGUAGGAAAUGUUGUCAGAGAUGUUUACAUCAGAGCCACAAGAAAUUGUCCCUGUGUUGGAGAACUUUGGGUUAGGUAUUUGCUUGCCUUGGAACGUAGCCGUGCUUCUGAAAAAGAGAUAUCCGGUGUCUUUGAAAAGUCCCUACAGUGCACUUUUUCGACACUUGAAGAGUACCUAGAUUUAUUUCUCACACGGGUAGAUAGCUUGAGGCGAAGAAUCUUGUUUGUUAAUGAAGCAGAGGAUGUCUUGGAUUAUUCAAAAAUAAGGGAAACCUUUCAGUUUGCAUCAGAUUACUUAUCACCGCAACUGAAGAAUUCGGAUGCUUUGCUGCAUCUGCAUGCUUAUUGGUCCCGUCUAGAGCUGAAUUUGGGAAAUGAUUUAGUGGCAGCCCGUGGAGUUUGGGAGAGCUUGCUUAAGAUCAGUGGUUCAAUGUUGGAAGCUUGGCAAGGUUAUAUAGCAAUGGAAAUUGAAUUGGGCCAUAUAAAGGAAGCAAGGUCCAUCUACAGAAGAUGCUAUUGUAAAAGGUUUCCUGGGACAGGUUCUGAGGACAUUUGCCAUUCUUGGUUGCGCUUUGAGAGGGAAUUUGGUACACUGGAAGAUUUUGACUAUGCUGUGCAAAAGGUUAUUCCCCGUCUGGAAGAGCUACAAUUAUAUAGGAUGCCACGGGAAUCAAAAGCAUUUGCUGCAUCAACAGAUGAGAAAGAGGAUCCCAUUAAGAAAAAUGUUCGUGAAAAGAGAAAGGAAGGUCUAGAAUCUACUGAUGAACAGUCUCCAGCAAAGUGGCAAAAACAAACAACUCAAAGCCAAAAGAAAGGGUGUGAGAAGAAUAAAGAUCAAGCACAAAUUCUAGCUGAAGUAACUGAAAAAGAAGAGGUCAAAGCCAAGGUUGAAAAGACAGACAGCAUCCAUGAAAAACAGCUGCAAGACUCUUACACUGGGAGAAACAAAGUAUAUACAGACCAAUGUACUGCAUUCAUAUCAAAUCUUAAUCUUAAGGCAAAUUGUGAAGAUUUGCACAAAUUUUUCAGUGAUGUUGGUGGGGUUAUUUCUAUUCGAAUACUGCGUGAUAAGUUUAGCGGAAAAUCCAGGGGACUGGCAUAUGUGGACUUUUCAGAUGAUGAACAUCUUGCUGCGGCCAUAUUAAAGAACAAGCAGAUGUUACUUGGGAAGAAGCUGAGCAUUGCACGGUCAGAUCCUAAACAAAACAAAAAAGGUGGUCAUAAUGUUUCAAAGCAACAUACACACACUACUGGCAUGAGUGGUAACGAUGGGGAAUCUGCAUCUAAAGUGUCGAAUGAAACUUCCAAGGGGUCCAAGGCACCAGAGCUUCCAAACUCUGCUGCUCGUAAGCAAGAUGACAACAUCCAACUCAAGGGUAAGAGCACAUUUUUAGUACCAAGAAAUGUGAUGACAAACAAACAUAAAAGUGUUGAAGAGGGGGAUGAGAAGCCAAAGUCCAAUGAUGAGUUCAGAAAAUUGUUCAUUAAAGAUUGAGGUUUGACCAUCUUACAACUGCAACCAAAGGAGUUGAUGGAAAAAUUGUUCCUUCAAAUAUUUUUGGUAUGAGCAUAUAAAAGAAGUAAAUACAUGUUUUCGGAGAAGAAAUAGUUUUCCUACCUUGCUCAGGUAAAAAAAAAAAUCUCUUCGGCUGUGAAGCCCACCGUUCUAAUAAAGAACUGGUCUUCUGGGAUUGUGUUGUUUGUAGGAUAAUCCUAUUUCUUGUUAUGAAAUAUGUCUAAUAUGCUUGAUGUUGAAUGUCUUGACCAACCCUGUAGCUUUCCGUCUUCUUUUUCCUUUUUCAUUCUAUUUCCCAUGUAUUGCUUGCUCUUGUUUGACGAGCAGUUUUCUGCAUCAUGUCUUCUAUUUUAUCUAUUUAUCCUGCCAGAUGUAAAAAUGCCUUAGGUUUAAAAUUUUGUUGUGUCUAUGGCAGUACAAAAAAAUUGCAGCAUGACAAGGAUUAUAUGCUUAUUAUAAUAUGCAUUUUGAUUUCA